CUAGGGGCGUGCAGUUCAGAAAGCUAUAAAGGAGAGAGGCUGGAGAAUUUCAUUCAUUCAUUGAAAGACAGCUCACAAGCUGUGUGCUGAACAAGCCUUUUGCUGUGACACUGCACACAAUGCAGAGCUCUCCUUGGAAGGUCAGGUGUGCUACUCUGUGCUUCACUCUCUUAUCCAUCACUGGGGUCAAGCUUAGGCCCUUGGGCGAGCAGGAGAAAAUGAUUCAGCUGGAGGCAGUGAAGAAAAGCAUUUUGGAUCGCUUGGGUUUACACAAACCUCCUGUUAUCAGGGAAAAAAUGAACAAAGAUGAAAUGCGCAAAAUGUAUUGGUUAUACCAGGAGAAGUUAAUGGAGCUGCGGGGAAAUACAAGCAAGGACGAGACACCAGAGAGAAGAGUGCAUAUACUGACACCAAAAUUAGAACGUAGCACGAAGAAAUGUGGCAAACAUGGAAGCAACAGUCAUCGCUACAAUUUGAUCUUCUACAGGACACAGACAAUACAUCAACAGUUGAGCGUGAUGAGAGCUGAACUGAAACUCUGCAAAGAUGUAUUAGCUGCACUUAAAUCAGCUGCAGCCAACUCAACAUCUAAGCCUAUGGUGAACAUUUACAAAGUGACAGAAUCAAGUCAUGCUAAUGGAGGACAAGAAUAUAGAUUACUUGAUUCUAAACCCAUAGACAAAGAUAUGAUGACAUUAAAUGUAGAUACUGCCGUACAGCAUUGGCUUGCAAGUUCUGAAAAAUGUCUGCAGCUUGAGUUAGUAGUUAUACUGGACAAGACUUUUGUGAAUGAUGGUAACAAACAAAUUGGAGCAGACAAUGCCCUUGUGCUAGAAGUGGAGACGCAGGAGCAAGCACACUCAAAAACAAGGAGAACUAGGUCCCUCUCUGCAGAUGAAGACUGUAAAAAGAGUGAGAAAAAAUGCUGCCGCAAGUCCUUACUGGUGUCCUUUGAACAGAUUGGUUGGAGCGACUGGAUUGUUCAUCCAUCCACCUAUGAAAUGCAUUUUUGUGAUGGAUCCUGCCCACAUAACUACAAACCAGCCAGCAUGCAUGCCCAGAUUAAAUACAGAAUGCAUCACAUUAAUGGAGAUACUCCAGCACCAUGCUGUGUUCCGGGAAGUUAUGACCCCAUGGUACUCAUGCAUUAUAAUUCUGAGCGCAAACUGGUUUUUACAGUCUUCGAUGACAUGACUGUUCGAAAGUGCCACUGUGCCUGAAGUGGUGCCAAAAGUGCCGGUAAAUGGAAGAUUGAGAAGUGCUUGGUAAGCACAUACAUCAGAACAAUUGCCCAAACAAAAACCUGUCCUGCCUUUUACAAUUUCCAUCUAUGCUUUACCUACAUUCUCAGUUUCAGAAUAGGCUCAGAUUUAUCUAGCCACUAUUCAGUUGUUAUACAAAAAAAAGCAGGCAAUGUUAAGAGUUUAAAUGCAAAGUAAAAAUAGAUUACUGAUGCAUAGUGGAUACUCAUAGGAAAGUGGCAACCAUUUAAUCACCAUUUUUUUUUACUAUUUGUAAGUAGAAUUUGCAAAAUUACCCAUUUUCUAGAACUGAAAAAAAUCUUAGCUCUGGAUAUUAUUGUACCCAUGAUCAAUAUGUGGACAUCAAUGAGUGGGCAUGGUAGAUAAUAUGUUGUGGUUACGUAACCGUCAUGGAACAAAGGCAGAGAGCCCGUGUCAUUUUUGUUUACACUGUACAAUUUUAUUGCACUAUUACUAAAGAAAAUCUAUACUAGGAAAGGGCUUUAUAAGGGUAAACCAACUAAACAAAUGCACUGAUUUUUAACCAAGAUUUCAGGACAUUCACACAAUUAUGCAGGAUGUAUUGAAAAUAAUACAUGCAAUCUAGACAAAAAAUUAUAUUAUGUGUGCUCUGUAUAUCAAAGAAGAGAAAACAAAGAAAAGUAGAUUCACUAUUUAUAACAACCAGUCAAGUUUGAUGUUUAUUUAUUGGAGAUUAGUACAUGAGAGCUAUUAUCUCAUUGGGCUAUAAAAGCUCUGUUUUUUCCUUUGCCACUGAGUUUACAAAUCAGGUACACCAUGUAAAUACUUAAACAUACAUUUACAGAAUCUGGCUGCAAAUAUAUAUUUUGUCAUUAAUGUAACUAAAUGAAGGGCUAUGACUGAAAAUGUGCACAUAGUGUAAAACUGUUUUCUUUGAGAAAGAUAAGCAAACAAUAUAUUUAUUUUGGUAUCUAUAUACUUGAAAACGAAUCGGAAAGCUUAAUUAAACUCAAAAGGGUUGAUUUACUAAAGGAGUUGAAAAUUUUCACUCAAAUUUUAGAUGUGUUCACUUUGAAUAUCCAAAAAUACGUAGAUGAAAUAAAUAGCAACUUGCUUUUUACACGAUUCUAGAAUUGAAAUAAUUUGUCACUCUAUUUAUUGUGUAAAUAUUUUCAACUCCAUUAGUACAUUUCCAUUAUUUUCGUAAGAAUUUAGUACUGAAGCUCUAUUGUAAAUAGAGGAAUUUUAAACGUAUUGCAUUUUGCAGUUUUAUUUAUUUUCUAUGAAAGAAAUAUGAAAAGGAUAUGAAAGAACUGAUAUAUAUUUUCUUUCUUACCCAUUGCUGAGGUUUGUACAUUUAAUACUGUAGGGCCUUUUGUUAAAGAUCAGCAGGAUAAUUGCUCCUCUUAAGCUGCACCUUGGUCUAUCCUGCCACUAUUUUGUUCUCCAGUUCAUAAAAACUUGAAAUAGAAUGUUACAAAGCAAAGUGAAUAAAUAGCGAAAGGAAGACUGAUUGGUAAACAAUAUAAUGAAAAAGAAGAAAAAAACAAUGAGAGCCGGUUCACACUGGGGCGACCUGGGAUCCGACUUCAAGUCGCCCCAA